AUGAUUAAGUGGGUAUUCAAAGAAACAGGCUGCUUCUAUAAAGGAAGGAGAUUACAACAUUUUCGUUGUUUUCAUAAAGAAAAAGAAAAAAUUGAAAAAGAGGAGAAUUCAAUUAUAAAUUAUAGAAUGAUAUUAGGUUUAAAAAAGAUUGAUAUAAAUAAUUUAUCUUCCUUAUGUCGAGAUUUUCAUAAUAUAUUUCGUAUAAAUAAAUAUGAGUUAUUAAAAUAUGCAUAUGAUAUAUUACCAUUUAUAAAAUAUUUAAGAACAAGUGAAAUAGUUAUGAUAUUACAUCAUUAUUCAUAUAUAAAUUAUUCAAAUAUUAAUUUUUAUAAUAAUAUAUGGAUACAAAUAAAAGAUAAAUUAUAUGAUAUAGAUUGUAAAGAACUAGCACUUGUUAUUUAUAGUAUGGGCAAAAUAAAAUAUACAAAUAAAGAUAUGAUACUUUUUUUUGAAAAGGAAAUAAAAAAGUGGUUAUUAAAAUUUACUGGCAGGGAUUGUUCUUUAAUAUUAAAAGGAUUACAAAAUAUUCCUAAUAAUAAUAUUAAUAAUAAGAUAUAUGAUUUAAUAUAUGAGCAUAUUUUAAAUAAUAUAGAUGCUUUAAAUAUAUUAGAUAUAUGUAUAAUAUUAAAUACACACAGUAAAUCAAUAAACAACAACAACAAUAAUAAUAAUAAUAAAAUAUAUAUUAGUGCUAGUAAUAAUAGCAGUAAUAGUAAAAGUAAUGGUAAUAAUAUUAAUCUUCGAUUAUUUGAAGCCCUUUUAAAUAAAUCGCUAACAUAUUACACACAUCUUAACGAACAGUGUAUAGGCUCCUUACUAUGGAGUAUUAGCAAUGCUGAUAUAAAAGCAGAAAAAUAUUUUUCUUUGUUAGCUCGCAGAUUAAGAAUUAUUAUGAACGAAAAGUUAAUACGUGAUAAAAUAAUUGUAAAUCAAGAUACAAAAGAAGACGAUAAUAAGAAUAUCAAAUCGAAUCAUCAAAUUGAUAAUACACUAACAGAUGUACAUUUAUCACAUUGUGAUAAUAAUAUUAAUAAUGAUGAUAACAAUUUUGAUAAUAUUUAUACAAAUAAUUAUGAAGAUGGCAAUUAUCAACUUAAUAAUGAUUCUUAUAAUAACCAUUCAGAUAAUCUCAACUACCAAUGUAAUCCUCUAAAUAAUAAAAAUACUUGUCAUCAUGAAAAUGUUAUUCCUUCUAUUAUUUAUUCGUUUGGAAAGCAAAGAGUUUAUAUGAAGCAUCAUAUUGAUAUAGACAAAAAUAUAUACAACCAUAUUAUAAAUAAUUAUCCUGUAUAUGAUGAUAUACCUAACAAACCAGUAGAAAAAAUAUAUAUGUUUGAUUUUUCUAAAAAAUUCUUAAGAGAUCAAAAUGUUUUUAAUAAUGUUGUAAAUAAUGAAAAUGUAAAUAAUAAUAGUAAUACUUAUAAGAUAAUAAAAAAAUAUAAAAGUAUAAAAAAAAAUAAUAUAUAUUAUCAAGAUAUUAUAUAUAUUAUAAAUAAUUUUUUAAUUCAUUUUUUAAACAAGAUACAUUAUAAUGAUCUUAAGAAUAUAUUAUUUGGUAUAACUAAAAUUGAAAUGUCAAUUAAUAAAAUAUUAUUAAAUAAUAUAUAUGAAUUAAUUACUUUAUAUACACAAAAAGGUUUAUAUAAAAAUUAUGAAGUUAUUAAUUUAUUACGUUCUCUAACAUUAAUACCAUAUUUUAAUAAAGAUAUUUGGAUACAUAUCUUAGACUUUUAUAAAAAUAAUUUCCUUACAAAACAUACAAAUAUAAAAAAUCAUUCCUAUCUAUUAUAUAUAUACUCCUUUGUUCAAAAUCAAUUACAAAAUUAUCCUUUUCAUCAUUUACUUAUUCAACAUAUAAAUAAAAAUUCCAACAUGUUACAAAGAGAUGAUGUUAUAUAUAUAAUCAAGGCCUUUCUCAAUUCUAAUUAUUAUGAUAACCAAUUAGUAAAUAAUAUUUUUAAUUUUAUACAAACAAAUUUUAAAUUAUUUAAUAUAAUCGAUAUUGUCUAUAUUCUCAAAUACUGCACUAUUCAUAAUUUAAGGAAUACAAAUAUAUUCUCACUCUUUGCUUUAACUAUAAAGGAACAAAACAGAAAGGCCAACAACAAUAUUAUAUAUUUAAUAUUGUCUUUUUAUUUGGAGAUGGAUAUAUACCCCAAAAUAAUUGAAGACCUACUUAUGGAAGUCAAACAAAGCAAGAAUAGAAAUUAUUGCACAGAAGAAAUUCAAUGCGAUCAAUAA